AUGCUGCAAGGCACAGGCAAUGUUGAAGAGGCCCAGAGAGUUGCGGCAGUGACAGAUGUCGUCCUCUGCGUGGUAGGCUAUGACGAGAUGGACGAAGAAGCUACUCGACCUCCUCCGACCCUGGACUGUGUCGAAGCAGAAGUCCGCGCUACCAUCGAGGGCCAAAAGAGUACCGGCUUUGGUUCCGGUUCUACGGACAGUGACGGGCUAGUUCCGGGGGCCGGAAGCGAUCGCAGGUCCCUUAGACUAUGA